UUUCUGACUUCCGGCCUCGGAGGCCGGCGGAGGCGGUUGCGAACUCCAGCGCGUCCAGGGGUCCCGCGGGUUUUCGGGCGCAGGGUGGCGCCCGUGGCAGGCGGCGGCCAUGAACUUCUCCGAGGUGUUCAAGCUCUCCAGCUUGCUCUGCAAGUUCUCCCCGGACGGCAAGUACCUGGCUUCCUGUGUCCAGUACCGGUUAGUGGUCCGGGAUGUGAACACCCUUCAGAUCCUUCAGCUGUACACGUGCCUAGACCAGAUCCAGCACAUCGAGUGGUCAGCCGACUCACUCUUCAUCUUGUGCGCCAUGUACAAGCGAGGGCUGGUGCAGGUCUGGUCUUUAGAGCAGCCCGAAUGGCACUGCAAAAUAGACGAGGGCUCGGCCGGGCUGGUGGCCUCGUGCUGGAGCCCGGACGGGCGCCACAUUCUCAACACCACGGAAUUCCAUCUGCGGAUAACCGUCUGGUCCUUGUGCACAAAAUCCGUAUCUUACAUCAAAUACCCAAAAGCUUGUCUGCAGGGAAUCACCUUCACGAGGGACGGCCGCUACAUGGCGCUGGCAGAACGGCGCGACUAAGAUUACGUGAGCAUCUUCGUCUGCAGUGAUUGGCAGCUCCUGCGGCAUUUUGAUACGGACACCCAGGAUCUCACAGGGAUCGAGUGGGCCCCAAACGGCUGUGUGCUGGCAGUGUGGGACUCCUGCUUGGAGUACAAGAUUCUGCUGUACUCCCUGGACGGCCGGUUGUUGUCCGCGUACAGCGCUUACGAGUGGUCCCUGGGCAUCAAGUCUGUGGCCUGGAGCCCCAGCAGUCAGUUCCUGGCGGUUGGGAGCUACGAUGGAAAGGUGCGCAUCCUUAAUCACGUGACUUGGAAAAUGAUCACGGAGUUUGGGCAUCCUGCAACCAUUAAUAAUCCCAAGAUAGUGGUGUAUAAGGAGGCCGAGAAGAGCCCGCAGCUGGGGCUGGGCUGCCUCUCCUUCCCGCCCCCGGGGGCCGGGGCUGGCCCUCUCCCGAGCUCAGAGAGUAAAUAUGAGAUCGCCUCUGUCCCAGUCUCCUUACAGACCCUGAAACCUGUUACCGACAGAGCAAACCCGAAAAUCGGCAUAGGAAUGCUGGCAUUUAGUCCUGACAGCUACUUCCUGGCGACAAGGAAUGAUAACAUCCCCAAUGCCGUCUGGGUCUGGGACAUUCAGAAGCUGAGGCUGUUCGCGGUGCUCGAGCAGCUGUCCCCAGUGCGCACGUUUCAGUGGGACCCACAGCAGCCGCGGCUGGCCAUCUGCACGGGAGGCAGCAGGCUCUACCUGUGGUCCCCAGCGGGCUGCAUGUCGGUGCAGGUGCCUGGGGAAGGCGACUUUGCAGUGCUUUCUCUGUGCUGGCAUUUAAGCGGAGACUCGAUGGCCCUCCUCAGCAAGGAUCACGUCUGCCUCUGCUUCCUGGAGACGGAGGCAUCGGUCAGCACGGCCUGCAGACAGCUGGGCGGCCACACGUAGCAGUGGUGCAGUAACGUGCGUGCAGAAACAGGGGCUACUCUGCGUGUUUCCAGUGUGGGAAAAAACAGAGCUUCACCAGGAAGUUCUCCACCUGUGAUGGUCUGGAUUCAGUGAUUGAUUCUAUUUUUCUAAAGCAAAGCAUUUUUGUAAAUAUGUAUGGUAUAAAACUGGAGUUAUUAUUAUUUGAAGUAAACACUUGCUGAUUCAUACAA